GUGGGACGAACAUGUCUAUGAUCGGAACGCGUGGCAACUGCCCCGCAAACCCUACGACCCCGCACAGGGCCGCAACUUUGAGCCAGGCCCUGUAUCAGGCGUCACGAAGCUUCCGGAUGACCUGGAGGGCAGCCCUGAGCCCUUUGUCCCACUGGACUCUGUUGGCGGCUGCACCACCCUCGUGCGCGCUGAUGUGCACCGAGAGGGCGCCCUGUUCGCGCCGUACUACCUCAUCGGGGCGUCCUGGGAAGGCGAUGGUUACGACGGGGUCGAAACGGAGGGCCUGUGCUAUGCUGCGCGCCACCUGGGCCGCACGUGCUGGCUGGCCACCAAGCUGGUCACCUACCACGCGUCUUACUGGGCCUCCUGA